AGGGUUUUCAUCUAUUGGGGUUCAUGGUCUUAUUUCGUUGCCAUACUACAUGAUUGAGACAUCGUUGACACUAUCGCUCUGUUGGAGAUAACACAAAGAAGAUCGCUGAAAAUUCGCCAGAAGUUUUUUUCGCUGUGGGAAGGAGGAGGAAGCAAUUGGUUAAGUUUAGUGCGGCAUGAGCCUUGGUCGAAAGCCUCCCUUUGCUCUCUGGGUGGGAAACGUUGACCCCGAGAGAGUGGAUGCAAAGGAUCUGUGGGAAGCGUUUGCAAGGUAUGGAGACAUGUGCAAACCAAGAGAGCAUGGAGCCCGUGCUGUUGAGCUCCUGGUAGAAAACAAGGCUGCCAUUGUGAAUUUUGCAAGUUACGAUCACGCUUGCGCUGCUCUGAGAGGGCUGCAAGGAGCCCUGAUAGGCAAGAUCACUCGGCCGGGAUUAUCAAUAUCAUGGCACAAGAGGCAGCAGGAUGAGCCGCCACAGAAGCAAGUGAUCCUGACUGCAGAGAAGGGGCAGCGGGAGCGACCUCCGUUUUUUGGGCUGUGGGUUGGCAACGUACAUGCGACUCUGGUGCAGGAAGAAGAGUUUCGGAACGCGUUCGAGAAGUUCGGGGAGCUUUGUAAUCCGCAGAUCCACGGGGUCCCAUCCGUCAACAUCCUGCCCGAAUCCUCCAGCGCGUUUGUCAAUUUUUCGAGGUACGAGGAUGCGAGUGCGGCAAAGAAGGGCCUGCAAGGGAAACUAGUAGGAGGAGCAGGGCCCUUGCGGAUCAACGCCUCGGAUCUGAUGCAGGAGUAUGAGCAGCAGCAGCAGCAGCAGGAGCUGCCCCAGCAUUCGCUCGCAGAGAAGCUGGCAGGUCGCUUCGGAGCCGAUGCCCAACUCCUGUCAGCCCGCUUGGGGAUCUUCACAGGAGACCCUGCGGCGCUAGCGUGCUUCGGGGAUCUGUGCGGGGAGGAGGGUCCGAUCUACGAGCUUCUGGGAGGGGAGAUUUAUUUGUACGAUGCAGGAGAUGUUAUAACGUUCUUCCAAACUCGACCAGGCAGUACGGGGCUGGUGGAGUGACGUUGAUGUGUUUCGGGUCUGUAAGUAGAAUCUCAUGUAAUCAAGCUUUAUUUCAGUGAAGGUCCACGUCCUUUC